UACACCUACCCAAUGUCCCAACAAUUCCACUCCUACAUAUUCCUCAAGAGAAAUGAAAAUAUAUGUCCACAAAGAGACUUAUACAGAACUAUUCAGAGCAGCUUUAUCCACAAUGGCCCCAAACCAGAAACAAAUUGCUAUAUAUCCUUGCCCUUGAAUACUAUUGAGCAAUAAAAAGGAAUGAACUACUGUUAUACCCAACAACAUCAAUAAAUCUCAGAAACAUUAUGCUGAGCAAAAGAAGUGGAUACAAGAACGUACAUGCUGUAUGAUUCCAUUUGUAUGAAAUGCUAGAAAGUUAUACUUAAUCUUUAGUGACAGAGUGCAGAACAGUGUCCCUCUGGGGUGAGGGAUGGUAGGGAUUGACUGCCAAACAAGGGAACUGUUUGGGUGAUGGGAACAUAUGUCUUCAUUGGGGUAGUAAUUCCAUGGUGCAAACAUUUGUCAAAAGUCAUCAAACUAUAAACUGAAAAUGAGCUUAUUUAGUGGCAUAUAAAUUAUACCUCUAUAAAUUUAACAAAAAAAAUACAAUUCAGCAAUACAAAGGGAUGAAGUACUGAUACAUGUUACAUGUAUGAAACUGAAAAACUUUAUGCUUAAAAGAAAGCCAGAUACAAAAUUAUGAUAUAUGUGCUGUGUGAUCCCAUUUAUGAUAAAUGGUCAGGAAAGAUAACUUUAUAGAGACAUAAGUCUGUGUGGUUGCCUGGGGAUUGGGUACAGGGAGUAACUGCAAUUGAGCAUGGGAGAUCUUUUGGAGAUAAUGGAAAUGUUCUGAAAUUGGAUUGUGAUGAUAGUAGUGCAACAUUAUAAAUUUACAAAAUUACUUUAAUUGUAUACUUAGAAUGAGUGAACUUAUGUUAAUUAUAUCUUGAUAAAGCUGUUUAAGGAAGAUAAUUGAGUAUGUAAGCCAGCAAUCACACUCCUUGAUAUUUAUCCAAAUGAGUUUGAAAGUUAUAUCCACACAAAAACUUGCAUUUGGAUGUUUACAGUGCUGUAUUCAUAAAUGCCAAAUCUUGGAAGCAACCAAGAUGUCUUUCAGUAGGUGAAUGGAUAAAUAAAUUGUGGUACCUCCAGACAAUGGAAUAUUAUUCAGCAUUAAAAAGAAAUUAGAUGAGCCAAGCGCUUGGUUCCCACAGGCUGCAGACCUGGUGACCCUGGGGGAAUCUCAGAGUCAAGAAAAUCUCUCCAACAUCUCUUUCUCAACUGCAGAAGUUGUACACGGUAAACUUUGUAUUUCCAAAUGGGAACAAGUAUGAUGGUGACUAUACAAGAACAUCUGGAAUCUUUGAGAGAAAUGGAAUAGGUAUUCAUACCACUCCUAAUGGGAUUAUCUACACAGAAAGCUGGAAGAUGACAAGAUGAAUGGUUUUAGAAGACUUGAACAUUUUUCAGGGGCAGUGUACGAAGGACACUUUAAGGACAAUAUGUUUCAUGGAUUGGGGACAUACACCUUCCCAACUGGAGCAAAGUACACUGGAAAUUUCAAUGAAAAUAGGGUGGAAGGCAAAGGGCAAUAUACAGAUAUCCAGGGACUAGAAUGGUGUGGUAACUUUCAUUUCAUAGCUGCUCCAGGCCUGAGACUAAAGUUCCAUAUGUAGCUAUUCUAAAUUAAAGUUUUAAUGUUGUAAGCUUCCAUUUGUAAGGAAAACAAUUAAAUUUGUCAUCUCAAGUAACUUCAAACACUACCUCUAUUUUAUAAUUUUGCCAAUAAAACCACCACUUACCCUUUUGGGACUUCAUUUUCUAAUUAGUUUGAAAUAAAGUAAGUGACCCAUUUGAGUGUUUCUUCAUUUUAAUACAACAGAACUAUCCAAAUCUUGGCAAAGUCAAUUUCCAAUCCUGUGCCUGAGCUUUGUCAUCUUUAAAAAGUAUAUCUAUGUGUUAAAGGAAACUAUCAAGAAAAUGAAAAGAUGAUCCACAAAAUGGGAGAAAAUAUUUGCAAAUCAUAUUUUUGAUAAAGGUUCCCUUUACAGGAUAUAUAGGGAACAUAUAUAUAAAUUUAUAUAAAUAAAAAGACA